ACUACAAAUAUGUUCAAAAUUUUGUGUGUUGUUCUCUGGAUUAUCAUACGUGUUAAUGUGGCAAAUGGUACAUGUACUUUUAGUGUAUUUUGUGAAUAUGGAGAUGAUAAAGACUCUAUUGAUGGAUCCCAAACUUGUAAGAGUCUUGAAAAGAAUACCCUUGAGGAAUUUCUUUCAAAGAAAAGUGUUUCCUACGUAAGAGAUCUUACUGUUAAUAAUUGUUUGAAGCAUUUAAAACCAGGCAUUUUCAAUAAUAUUGUCAAUCUGAAUGAAUUAAACAUAGAUAACAAUGACAUCGAGAAAGUGUCUGUGAAUUGUUUUAACAUGUCAACACUUAUGACUCUGACAAUAACAAAUUCAAAAAUUAAAACAUUAGAAGGAAAACUGGGUAAUCUACCAAAGCUACUAAGGUUAUUAUUGAAUAAUAAUAAACUAACUGACUUUUCAUCGGAUGUUCUAAGCCAUCCAGAGAUUUUAAGAUAUUUAGGCCUGGAAAACAACAAACUGACAUUUUUGACUUAUGAUAUGUUUAAUGGAUUGAAAAAUUUAAAGUCUCUAAACCUGGCCAACAACAAAAUCAACCUAAUCGAACCCGAUUCGUUAUCCAAUUUGCCUCAAAUUAACUACAUAACACUAACAGGGAACAACAUUCAAACUUUAACAGGCAACGAAUUACCCCAAUGUGGAUAUCAGCACUUAAAAAAGCUGAAUGUAGGUAACAACAGGUUAAUGUUUAUGUUACCAAAUUUUUUGUCCAAACUGGGAACGGAUGUCACCAUUGAGAUUGGUGGUAAUCCGUGGCACUGCCGAUGUUUGGAGACUAUGCUGAAGUAUUUAAAGGUCAGAAACAUUUCUCUAUCAAUCUGUGACGAAUUACUGCUGGCAAGAGAUGACACACCUUAUUGUAUUCAACCAUCGGACACUGAUUGUAAUUACAAAUACAAUUUACCUAUUGUACAUAAAUAUUUGAAUGAAUUGAAGAUGAUUGAAGACGAAAGUCGUAGGAAUUGCUUAAGGAUAAGUUUAACAGAAGUUUUCUUCCAUUAAAACUGCUGUUAAACUUGUCUUUGUUUUAGUUUUUGUACUGUAUUUCUUAUUACUAUUAAUAAUAAAGAAUUAUCAAAAUA